AUGUCAAGCCUAAGACGAUACCAAACUACCAUCUUCCACACUAACAACUCUUUUUACCAUACCCAGUGCUUAGCUGAGCCACUGAAACCGCAGUAUGGCGGGGGGAUCAUCCGCAAUCCCGAGUUUAACGCCGGCCUGAGAGGAUGGUCAAACUUCGGCUUUUCAACAGAUGCUACGAGGGCCUCCGCAAGCGGCAACAGAUUUGCAAUUGUCCACAGCAGAAGAAAACCUUAUCAGAGUGUCUCCCAGAAAGUAUACCUGCACAAAGAGAAACUCUACACUCUCUCUGCUUGGGUACAGAUAAACAAAGGAAAUGCAGUCGUCGGAGCUGUAUUUAAGACGACCAGCGAUGGAUUUGUUCACGCCGGCUUGGUCGAAGCCAAAUCAGGUUGCUGGUCCAUGCUGAAAGGAGGGCUCACUGUAAAGACUGCAGGACCAGCAGAACUAUAUUUCGAGAGCAAAAACACAACAGUAGACAUAUGGGUGGACAGUGUCUCCUUGCAACCAUUUACCGAAGAGCAGUGGAGAGCUCACCAAGAAGAGAGCAUCAAUAAGGUUCGCAAGAAGACGGUGAGAUUUCAAGCCAUAGAUGCCAAAGGAAACACCAUACCUGGAGCAAACAUCUCGAUCCAACAAACCAGAUCGGGAUUUCCCUUCGGCUCAUCUACCAAUGAGAACAUCAUCAACAAUGCAGCAUACCAGAACUACUUCGCCUCUCGCUUCACUGUAACCACAUUCGAGAAUGAGAUGAAGUGGUAUGACACAGAGUACAUGCCAGGUAAAGAGGACUACUCUAAAGCCGAUGCCAUGCUCGCCUUCACUAAAAAACACAACAUUCUGGUCAGAGCGCACAACAUCUUCUGGGAUGACCCAAAAUACCAAAUGGGAUGGGUGAACUCUCUCAACAAAACACAGCUCUGGAGCGCCACGUGGAAUAGAAUCAACUCAAUUAUGUCGAGAUACAAAGGCCAGGUCAUUGCUUGGGAUGUAGUAAAUGAGAACCUCCAUUUCUCAUACUUUGAAGAUAAACUCGGAACAGAUGCAUCAAAGGUUUUUUACCAAGAAGCUCAUAAGCUCGAUGCCAAUACAAUGAUGUUCUUGAAUGAGUAUAAUACACUUGAGGUGCCUCAAGAUUGGGUUGCGAGCCCAAGUAACUACCUUCAGAAGCUAAGGGAGAUACAGUCAUAUCCUGGCAAUAGUGCGAACAUGGCGAUAGGGCUGGAGAGCCACUUCGGCGUACCGGAUAUUCCUUUUAUGAGAUCGGCUCUUGAUGUUCUUGCAAAUGCAAAGGUGCCCAUUUGGCUUACAGAGGUGGAUUGCGCAAACGAUACAAAUCAGCCAAAAUAUUUGGAAGAAAUCUUGAGAGAAGCUUACGCUCACCCGGCUGUCCAAGGGAUCGUAAUGUGGACGGGCUGGCAUCCAGGACCGUGUGACAAGAUGUGCUUGACGGACUCCAACUUCAAGAACACGCCCGCUGGAAAUGUAGUUGACAAGCUAAUUGCUGAGUGGAAGACUAGACAAGCAGUAGGCUCGACAGAUAAAAAUGGUUACUUUGAAACCCAACUCUUCCAUGGAGACUAUGACAUUAUCAUCAGCCAUCCAUCUGUGAAUUCCUCAUUGCAGAGCUUGAAAGUGGAUUCUGGAACUCGGUAUGAAUAUAUGAUCCAGAUCCAAGAAAUAAGCAUUUAA